AUGGAAGCGGGGGAAAGGAUGAAAGAUAGGGAAGGGGAAAGGAUGAAAGAUAGGGAAGGGGAAAGGAUGAAAGAUAGGGAAGGGGGAAGAAUGAAAGAUAGGGAAGGGGAAAGGAUGAAAGAUAGGGAAGGGGAAAGGAUGAAAGAUAGGGAAGGGGAAAGGAUGAAAGAUAGGGAAGGGGAAAGGAUGAAAGAUAGGGAAGGGGAAAGGAUGAAAGAUAGGGAAGGGGAAAGGAUGAAAGAUAGGGAAGGGGAAAGGAUGAAAGAUAGGGAAGGGGAGAGGAUGAAAGAUAGGGAAGGGGAAAGGAUGAAAGAUAGGGAAGGGGAAAGGAUGAAAGAUAGGGAAGGGGAGAGGAUGAAAGAUAGGGAAGGGGAGAGGAUGAAAGAUAGGGAAGGGGAAAGGAUGAAAGAUAGGGAAGGGGAAAGGAUGAAAGAUAGGGAAGGGGAAAGGAUGAAAGAUAGGGAAGGGGAAAGGAUGAAAGAUAGGGAAGGGGAAAGGAUGAAAGAUAGGGAAGGGGAAAGGAUGAAAGAUAGGGAAGGGGAAAGGAUGAAAGAUAGGGAAGGGGAAAGGAUGAAAGAUAGGGAAGGGGAAAGGAUGAAAGAUAGGGAAGGGGAGAGGAUGAAAGAUAGGGAAGGGGAGAGGAUGAAAGAUAGGGAAGGGGAAAGGAUGAAAGAUAGGGAAGGGGAAAGGAUGAAAGAUAGGGAAGGGGAGAGGAUGAAAGAUAGGGAAGGGGAAAGGAUGAAAGAUAGGGAAGGGGAAAGAAUGAAAGAUAGGGAAGGGGAGAGGAUGAAAGAUAGGGAAGGGGAAAGGAUGAAAGAUAGGGAAUGGGAGAGGAUGAAAGAUAGGGAAGGGGAAAGGAUGAAAGAUAGGGAAGGGGAAAGGAUGAAAGAUAGGGAAGGGGAAAGGAUGAAAGAUAGGGAAGGGGAGAGAAGAAGAAAACACAGAAGAAAAUGUUAA